AUGUCAUUCAGAAAAAGAAGUGAAGUAGUUAAUACUAGAGGCCCAGGUUUACAAAAUGCUAGAGGUCCCACACAAGAUUCUAUUCAAAAUGCAAGAGGUAUACCAGCAAAUACAAGAGGUAUGCCAGUAAAUGCUAGAAGUCCAGUACCAGCUAGAGGACCUCAAUUGAAUACAUCUCGAGGACGUAAUGUUCCAUCAUUGAACAAUAAUAAUCCUUCGUUUAGAGGAAGACUAUCUCAAAGAAUGUCAAACAUGAAUAUUAACGAUGAUUCGAACUCACACUUAAACAACCAUCCAGGUAUUAGACCUUCUCCUGCCACUUCACAACUAACUACAUCAACUGGUUGCAAUGAUUUAGAUAGCUUACUUGGACAUAUGGGAUUGCCAUUAGGAAACUCAUUAUUGAUUGAAGAAAUAGGUACCACAGAUUUUAAUUCAGUUCUAUGUAAAUUAUUUGCUUCUCAAGGUAUUAUUCAUAAUAGGUUAAAGAACGGUAAUAGCCAGCAAGAAAGCAAUACACAUGUAAUUGUUUUAUCCUUAAAUAAGAUGUGGGGGAAAGAAUUACCAGGUACUUACAAGGGUUCAAAGAAGGAUAUUAAAAAGCAAAAUAUUGCUAAUGAGCAAUCUAAAAUUUCAGUUUCUAAUUUGAAUGAGCAAUCGUCAACCCCAUCAAGAUAUAAAGAUUUGAAAAUUGCUUGGAGAUAUGGUUUGAAAGAUGAGAUAGGUCAAAAAAAUUCGAAGUCAACUAACCAAGACUCUACAGAAUAUAAAGAUUAUAAUCAUCAAUUUGAUAUCACUUCGAGAUUAAUACCUACUCCAACUAGUGAUGAAAUUACAUAUAUUCCUACUAAUAUUCCAGUCAGUUCUAUAUUAACUCAACUAACUAACGCCAUUGAUAAAAAUCCAACCAAAUUGAUUAGAAUAAUUAUUCCAUCUCUAAUGCACCCAUCAAUGUAUUCUCCAAAUUAUUUCAAAUUAACAGAAAUAAUUCCACUUCUGCAUGGAAUAAAAUCUAUUAUUAAACAAAAUGAAUCACGGUGUGUUUUAUUAGCCAGUUGUUUCACAAAUUUGUUACAAUCAUCGAUUUCCUCUUCAAAACUUUUAUUAAAUCAAAUUCAAUCUAUAUUUGAUUCCAUUGUAUUAUUGGAACCAUUCCAGCAAGAAAUGAUUCAAUUAUUGGAAAAAUCCUAUAAGACACAACCAAAUAAAAUUCAGCAUGGAUUAAUCCAUAUCUUGAAAUUACCGGCAUUUAGUGAAAAGGGUGAAAUGUGUGUCUCAAGAUCAGAAUAUGCUUUUAGAAACGGUAGAAAGAAUUUUGAGAUUGAAGAAUGGGGUAUUCCUGUUGAAGAUGUUGAAGAAGAUGAAAAUAAGGAUAAUAACGUAGAUUCCUCGGCUUCUAAUAUUGGUAACCCAAACAAUAAACCAAAAAAGAGUACGAAAGUUGAUUUAGAAUUUUGA